AUGGCGUCAAUAGCGCUGGAACUUACUACGGAGUUCUUUGACAGCACCUUAAGCAACGACUUCCAGCUCAACGCCACAAACUCCAUAAACCAUGGAUACAUGAGCAAUAUGACCAACUCCACAGUCAGUGAGGCAGCCAUGAGACCUGGUGGCAGGAUGUUUGGGCUGGUGAUCAAAGUGGUGUACGCGAUUGGAAUCAUUGGUAACGCGGCGGCCAUCAUCGCUUUGAGGCGGGGAGAGCGACGCGUAAGAAACAGGAAACACUUGCUUCUUCUCACGUCUCUGGCAGCCAAUGACUUAGUCGCUCUGGUGGGUAUGAUGUGCGCGCUAGUGGUAUCAGAGCAACUUCCGUGGGCGCGCGAGACGCGGCUGUACUGCGCGACGCGUGUCGUGUUGCGAGUGUUCGGAGUGGGCAGCGUGUGCAUCGCCGUCACCAUGGCGCUGGAGCGGUACCUCGCGCUCACGAGACCCUUCCUCUAUCAGAAGCAAGUGACGUACUACGUGAUCCGCAUGACGCUGCUGGUGUCGUGGUUCUGGGCGGCGGCGCUGACGUGCGCGCCCGUGCUGGGCGUGGGCUUCUACUACGAUGAAAAGAACCGCACCUGCACGCGCUACCGCAACGCCACCUCCGGACUUGACUUCGGAUAUGCAAUCUUUUAUGUAAUGUUUGGAACUCUUCUCUGCGCGGUGUUGGUGUACUGCAACCUUGCCGUGAUCAGAGCGCUGUACGCGAUCACGGCCCCCAGAGGAGGGGGCUCUCCAGUGGUUAGGCGUGUCUCCAAGAGCAGCUGUCGUCAGCGGAACAACACGGGCCACGCACACCACAACGCGGCCACCGCCGAGGAAGUCGCCUUCAGCAGGCUCAUGGCCACGCUCUCUGUGCUGUUCAUGAUCUGCUGGCUGCCUCAAAUGAUAACUUCAGCCCUAUACUUGGGUCUGGGUCAGUCCGCCUGGCCCCGUCUAGGCGUGCUCGCGGCACUGUCUGAUGUGCUGAUGCUGCUAAACUACGUACUGGACCCGAUUCUCUACGUGCUGAUGCGGCAGCGACGGCACAUAUCCCCGUCAGCACUCUGCCACUCCAUCGCACAUUGUUUUAAACGGAGUCACAAGACGUCGACCGAGUCGAUGAAGACGUCGUGCUGCCCGCAAGAAACGCUGGUGAUCAGUGAGAGUUCAGGAGCAGAGUUGAAGCCUCUGCGUGCGCCAGUCGCCUCCACGCCCUGUCUGCUUGACUGACGCACGCUCGCCACACUGCGACACGAACCGACUGGACGCGUGACACGUGUCAAAUCGAGUCGUUUCUAAUUUCAUAUUUUAGUGAAAUUAAUCAUCGAAAUGUUCUUAUUGUUAAAGUAUAAAGAGUGAUGUCAGACGAUAAGUGAGAGGUCGAUGAGUAAUGGUAAUAUUAACAUAAGUUAAACUUUUAAAAUCC